GUCGCACCUGCUCUUCCAAACGCUGGAUUUCCGCCUCGUUUUCUUGCUCGUCCUCCGAAGAGUCUUCCAUUUCUUCCUCCGAGUCGCCCCCGGUUCCAACCUCCAAUUCCUCAGCCUCACUCGACCGUCGCCUCCCGAUAGUCGCCAUCAUGCGCAGCAGUGCGGGAAAGGCCGAGACGCCCGAUCAAAUAGAACACUUCACAUCCUGAGAAACACAACUACUUCUUAUAGAACAAUUCCUUAUUUUAAUAGAAGCUUCAGUUUGAAGUACAAUUCCACGCAUUACAGCGGGAGCUGUUUUAAACAGAAAUUUUCGGGAGAAUAUGGGACAAAUGGAUGUAAUAUUUACAACAUAACAACGCGACAUGUGGGCUUUAAUGAAACUGACGAUUGCAUAUGACGAAAGCGGGGUACGAAUUGUCACCAUAUUGGUAGUGGACCACUAUGAGAAUCCCAGAAAUGUUGGAUCCUUGGAUAAGAAUGCAAAAAAUGUUGGAACUGGCCUGGUUGGUGCACCGGCUUGUGGUGAUGUCAUGAAACUACAGAUUGAAGUGGAUGAAAAUGGGAAAAUUAUUGAUGCAAGAUUUAAAACAUUUGGCUGUGGAUCGGCAAUUGCAUCUAGCUCACUGGCUACAGAAUGGGUGAAAGGGAAAACGGUCGAUGAAGCUUUAACAAUUAAAAACACAGACAUUGCUAAGGAACUAUGCCUCCCUCCAGUCAAACUGCACUGCUCAAUGCUUGCAGAAGAUGCAAUCAGAGCUGCUCUGGCUGACUACAAAGUGAAACAGCAAAAGAAAACGUGAGACUACAAACUGUUAAUGCAACAAUGCUUCAACAACUGUGUAACCAAUGCAAUGACCCCGUUUUGUGUAUUCAAAUUUCAAAGGGCAAUUUAUCUGUCCAAAAAUCUUAGUGUAAAAAAUGGCAGUAGCAAGAUGUUAGUUUAUAAACAAGCUCUUUAAUGUGUGAUUGUGGCUGUUAUGAGUUAUAGAAAAUUAUUCUGGAAAAAUAUUUAGUUUCUUGAAAUUUUAUAACAUUGAGAAAACGUAAAUAUCUUAGCUGUGUAAUGGGCUUGAUUGUAAUAUUUGUGCCUAGAAAAAUAUUAUAAACAAACAAGUAAUUA